CGCAGCGAGCGCGACGAUGGUAGCGGCUCCCUUGGGGAGUGAAAGGAGCACCGGCGGCAAGCAGCAACGCAAUCCUGGAUCGUGGGGCUCCUCAACCUCUUCGCUUCCCAUGCUCCCGCCGGCACGACAGCCGAGCGAUGUCUCGGCGCCGCGACCGCCACCUUUUCCGCUGGAACCACUCCCCGCCCCCUCAACGAGCAAGGAAAGCCAGCAGCAGCAGCAGCAGCAGGAGGCCGAAGAAGGAAACCAGGUUGUCGAUGCGGUGUUGUACGCGAUCAACCUCGGGUGGCUGUGGUCUCAAGUCGCUGCCCUCGGCGAGAAGGUCGUGUCGCCGCAGCUGCAGCAGCAGCAGGCGGAGAUGUCGGAAGAGGCGAGUCGAAUCGUGGAUUCGAUGCUGGGCAUGAUAAAGCUCGGCGUCAAGCUUGGCUGGCCGUGGACUCCGGAGAGCACGAGUCCGGCGGCCGCCGCUCCAGACCAAGAAGGGGUGAUGAUGGGGGCAAGCAAGGAGCUUCCCUUGAGUUUGCCUACGGUUCCUCCUGACCUGCCGCGAGAAGAGGGGGUGAGCGAUAGCGGGCCUCCUACGCGCGGUGGCCGCAGCUUUUCCCGCGUGAAAGAAGCCAUCGUCGGGACGGUGCUCGGCUCUCGGCUCCUUCGGACGACGACGACGAUGACGACGACAGCCGGUGCCCCAGGGGCAACAACGAAGCGGAGUUGCACCGCGCAUGAAGCUGCUCCCCUCACGAGCGUGGCCGGCGCACCCGCUGCGCCGCCGCGUUCUGCUGCCCCGACGCUUUCGCUCCCACCGGCCGCUGCAGCGCUGCGGCGGACUGACGGCAGCAGUCCCGGACCAGCCCCCGCCGGCCGCGCGCCGUGGCGACCGCCGGGCUAUCGCUGGGGAAAAUCCUUAGUCUCCAACAUGAGCGGCUUACCGGAUGGAGAGAGCGAGCGGGUGACGGCCGCCACUGACGACGGCGGCGGCAGUAGUAGCGGAAGGCAGGUCGCGGGGGUGGGUGCAGCCUCUGCUGGUACGGGCUGGUCGCCGUCGGCUGCUGCUGCGGCAGACGAACAAGGGGGGAAAACCGAGGCGACAAGGGGUGUCCAAGGGCAGCAAGAAGAGGCGCAGCAGCAGCAGCUGUCAGCGAGGAGAAUGAGCGUUUUUCGUGCCCUCGCUACGACGGCCGGCGGGGUCGCAACUCGACUCCCUUUGAUGAAAAAAUCGCGCAGUGAGGACGCGCAGGAGCAGGACUCGCCCGAUCAGGCGUACAAGAGGAACAGUGUUGGCGAGUGGGCGUCGGUUGAGGUUUCUCCGCCUGCCUCCAAAGGCGCCAACGGCGCACAGGGCGGCGGCGGCGGUGGCGGUGGCGGCGGCGUGCCUUGGUGGCAGGCAGGGGCCGCAGUGCUCGUUGGCGUCGGGGCCGCGCUUUACAGACCCGUUAACAGACUGCCGGGAUUGUUAUUGAAGGAUGAGAAGGAGGAAGAGCAGCGAAGACGACAAGGGGAGGAGGGGCGGCAACAGGGGACGCUUUCGCUCGUGGACGCUACUAAGAGUCCAGCUAGUUUCCAACUGGCUCGUCCGGCCGAAGAGGGGGCGUUGGUGCCGCCGGAGCCGCGGCCGAACCCGCCGCCGCAGGAGCCGCCGGCGGCGGGGACGACCAGCUCCGGUUCGCGCGCUCGGCAGGGGGUAGCAGGCUUGGUGGACAGGGCGGCGACGAUGUCGAGGAGGGCGAGGCUGUGGACACUCUUGAAGCGCAGGUCACGUGCUCGUGCCGAGCCCCUUCUGGCGAGCGUGGACACGAGCAUCAUGUCGCUCACCCCGUCCGAGCUCCUAUCGCCACCGGUGGAAGAACAGGAGACCGCGCUGUCAUCUUCGAGCGGCAGGGGCCCACAAGAGCCGGUGGGUGGCGGGGCGGGGGGGGUCGCCGCGUCCGUGGGGGUGGGGAAAGGAGACGCGACAACGACGAGCGAGGUCAGCGCCCCCCAGGCGGUCGGCGGCGCGGGGUGGAACCUCUUCGGGUUCUUCCCGAAGGACAAGUUUUCCGACUACCUGCCCGCCGGCCCGUCGCCGGUGGUGGAGGGAGAGGAGGAGGAAGAUGACGAGGAGGAGGAAGAAGAGGAGGAAGAGGAGGAGGAGGAGGAGGCGGAGGCGGAGGAGGAGGAGGAGGAGGAGGAGGAGGAGGAGGGCAGAGCGUUGGUGGCUCUGGAGAGCAAGGACUUNGCGGCAGCAGCGGCGGCGGAGACGGUGGCGAAGCUGGCCAAGGCGUCUGCUUCUUCGAGCAACAGCGGCGACACCGAAGAGAACGAACCCGAGGUGGCGGCGGCUGCGGCAGCAGCAGCAGCGCCGGCGUGGCCGAAAUCGGCCUGGCUGAAAGGUCUAGACCCGAGGGCGCAGGUGGAGGCUGCCAUGCGCGACGCUCUCCGUUCGGCGUUCGGCUACGGCCUGGUGGCGCCGACGGCCGGCGUUCCGGCCGAGACGCUCGAGGCGGCCACCCUAGCCGCCGGCAACGCGGCGGUGGCGGAGGGCGCCAAGCAGCUGCUGGAGGGGAAGAGGGCGGCAGCCGGGGCGGCGGCUGGAGCGGCCGGGGCGGCGGCCGGCGUGGCGGCGGAGGUUGCAUCCGUGGCGACCGCUGCGACCUUCAACGUGGCCGCACCGUUCCGGAGACUGGACGAGAACUCGGAGGACUCGUGGCAGGUGACGGGCAGCUGGAAGAAGGACAAGAACAUGAAGGCCGACGAGGACUUCGGCAAGGGCAAGCUAGGGGUUAGGACCAGGAAGAUAGACCCGGCCAAGGCGAUGGACAUGGACCUGGACAAGUUUUCCACCCAUAUCAAGCGGAGCGUCCCGAGCGACGGUCAGGUGCAACGGCAGGUGCCUCGCAGCGCUAGGCUGUUCUCGGCGGCAGUGGAGCGGUCUCACCUCCCCCGGAGGUGGAAAUCGAGGGCGAGCCCGGCCUUCAGGGACCGGGAGGGGUCGUCUUCGUCGCCUUCGUCGCCUCCGGUGGACCGUCAAGACGCCACACUCAGGAGGCUGGGCAGAGUGGGAGUAGUGGAGAUCGCGUCGAGCAUGCUCCUGAUUGCAUCGGAGACGGCCAUGGAGGUCGACUCGUUGGAAGAGCUGGGCCAGUUCCGGCAAGAGGGGGGCAUGCCGAGGGUGCUCAUGGCCCUCUCCCCCACCCCUUACACCACCAAGGCUAGCGGCAUUGCGGCCAUCCGCAACCUGCUGCGUGUCUCUCCGGAGUCGGUGGCGGGAGAGGUCCUAGAGGAGACGGGCACUGAAGGCCUCCUGGAGCUGCGGCGGCUUGUGGGUGCCCCCGGCGAGCCCUGGUCCUCGGCGGCGGCGAGAGCGGCGGCAGCGGCUAGCGACAGGCUGGACGCGAUGAGGCUGCAGGCGGAGGCGGUCCAGCUCCUCCAGGAGCUAUCCCUCGCCAGCGAAGACGCUCUCGCGAGAGUGAGGGACCUUCCCAACCUCGUCCCCGCCCUGAGUGCCAUCGCUUACCCGGGCAUCGGACCCCUGGGCCUCCUGCGGGGCAGGAUCGGGAGGUCUCUGGGUAACGUGGGGGGCCUCGCGGGCGGCGGCGGCGGCGGCGGGGGGGGGGACGGGGGGGGCGACGGGGAAGGAGGAGAUGGCGCCGGGGUGGGGAGGGUUGGCGCGGCGCAGCGGCGGAAGGAGGCUGCCGUGGCGGAGGCCGCUGUGUCCGGGGCAUCGAAGCUGCUGUCCAUGCUAGGCGUCCACCACUGGACGCCUCGCCAGCCCGGGCAGAAGGGGCUCCGCAUAUUGUCAUUGGACGGGGGGGGAACCCGCGGCGUUCUGACCAUCGCGCUGCUGCGGGAGGUGCUUAAGGGCUUGGACAAGGACGUGCACGAGGUGUUCGACGUGAUUUGCGGUACCUCGACGGGGGGCAUCCUUGCCAUGCUCUUCGCGUCGGAGAAGCAGUCGCUGGCUUCCGCGACGACCUUGUACGAUUCGCUGAUCGUGAAGAUCUUCAAGAAGGACCUCCUCGCCAAUGCCAAGCUCGUGCUGCAGCAGGCCCAGUACUCCAGCACCGACUGGGAAGCGAUCCUGGAAGACAUCCUGGGCGACCGUCGCAUGAUCGACACCAUGACCCUGCCCAACAACCCGAAGGUGGUGAUCUGCUCGACCAUCAUGAACGUCGACCCGUUGGAGAUGAUGCUCUGGAGGAACUACGGCUACCGGCCGGAGCAGGAACCGCCCUACAAGGGGGACUACAGGCGCAAGAUGCGUGAGUGCGUUCGAGCGACCACGGCGGCGCCGUCGUUCUUCACCCCCCUGGUUGACGGGAAUAUGAUGUACGCGGACGGGGCCUUCCUCGCCAACAACCCGACGUCCAUCGCGCUGACCGAGGCUAAGCUCCUGUACCCCAACGUGCCGAUCGAGUGCGUGCUCUCUGUGGGGACGGGGUUCUACGUGCCGACGCGGAAGGAACCCGGCAUGAGCUGGGGCACCGUCCUCAACCAGCUCGUCAACAGCGCCACCGACACGGAGGGCGUGGACUCGAUGCUCAAGACCUUCCUCCCUCGCGACCAGUACUUCCGCUUCAACGCCCCCAUACAGCCGUUCGACAUCGACGAGACCAGGGUGGAGAAGCUGGACGAGCUCAAAGCGCUGGCGAAGGAGUACACGCAACGCCCCGACAUCAAGGCGAGGGCCGAGGAGCUACGACGGUUGCUGCGCGGCGAGAACAGCAACUCGGGAUGGCCUUCCAUUGGCCGCGGUGGGGGUAGUGGUGAUGACGGCGGCGACAGCGGUGGGGAGAACGAGCCUCCCCUUCCCCCGGUGGGGGACGGUGCUAGCGGAGGCCUGAUACGGUAGACGUGCGAACAAGGUUGUAUUUUAGGUUGGUUUUUUUAUUUGUUUGUUUGUCCUGCUUCGAAGGCAACCCAGGUAGUGCAUGUCGGGAUUUGACCUAUCCCAAGCUGCGGUGGUAGUGAUGGUGGCAGAGCGUCGAUAGCAACGGGGACAUAGCAGUGCCAAUGCGCCCCCCGCGCCUGCGUCCCUCUCUCUCUCUCUCUCUCUUCUCCCUCGCGCGCGCGUGAGGGUGGGGCGGGGGGGAGAGACGGCGCGGGUCCACGUGGAGCAUGCGUACUUGCGCAAGGCAACGCGGGAUGACACGAUGAGCAGCUGUUCGUGUGUGUUUAGAUCCUGCUUGCUGGGUCUGGGUGCUUCUGAACAUUGACAUUUACAUUCGAUUUCAUUCGAUUUCGGGUGUGGGGUGUGUAGGCCGCCGUUCCGUGCUUGGUGAUUAUAUUCGUGUUCUUGUUUUCUUUCAGUCAUAGACCAAUCUCGUUUUGGUGCUACAUAGAAGAAGUUAGCCCACAAUGCAUCCACCGAUUUUCCCGGGAUUCUGGCCUUUCGACCGUGGAUGACGCCACCCGUCAACCAGGGAGCUUGGGUCGGUGCCUGUCUUUUUUUGGGGGAUUUUUGAAAUUCCGCCGCAGGAAAAAAAAGUGGGCAUCAACCUGUAUUUAUUCGUAUUCGAGCACCUUUUUUUUUUUUACACUCUAGAGGAGGAACAAGCGGGGGGGCAAGACGGAGAUGGAGGGGGGAGGAGUACUCAUGUUGUAUAACAUGUCUUGGUUUGUCAGACAAUUGACCGCAAAUAUUUUGCGUUGUAGAAGUGGGUGCUGAGAAAAUGAAACCAUGCACUGUUGUGUUUGUGUGCGUCCGCCGCAUCCAUUCUGGCGCCAGCCUACACGCCUUUCGGUGUUUACGUUUGACAUAGUGUAUCAGCCGGGGUCACACAGAGUGUCUGUUUUUUUUUUGCGAGUGAGGAUCUGACGCCGACAUAAAAGGCGCUGUGCGCGCCCAAGUGCGGGGUAGCGUCGUCCAUCCGAACGUCAGCAGGCAAACACGAUAGGUACGCGUUUGCAUACGUGGCGAGAAAAAAAUGACGGUGUGACAGGAAAAGUGUACCAAGAUCGAAGUGGCGGUGAUUUGGGGCUUCUCUUCGGUUCGGAACACCAACAGUCUAACCGUCUGACCAAUGAAAAGACGUC